GAGGGAGAGAGACUGAAAGAGAGGAGGGCAUUAAGCAAGAAAGCAGGGAGCAGAGCAUCGAACCAGCAGUAGCUAUUUGAGGCCCCUCUCUCUUCCCCCCGAUCAGCAAUGCUCCCCCGACAGACAGGUUGAGAGCGGCAGCCCCGUGACCCGCUGCGCUCCGGAGAAGCCCGAUCACAUCGGACAGCCAGGAGGGAGGACAGACACCGGCGAUGUGAGCAUGCAGCCUCCUCCACAAAGGCAGACCUUCUUCUGAGCGGAGCUCCGCUGCUGCCACUGGAUUACAGUCAUCCUCGCUGUUUCCAAGGAGGCUUCCUGCUGCCAACAUCCCCACAUGAAUUUAGCAAGCUGUCAAGAAACGGAGCACUUCCUGACCAAGAGUGCCUACCCCCGUUGAGCGAAGCCCUACCUGCAUAUUAGUCAUCUCCAACCAACUCGGCGGUGGUGCCAUGCCUUCGUGUAAGCCAGACGGAGUUCUGGCACAGUCCAGGCGAACCAUCCUUGGCUCCUGCUUCCUCUCAUCUCCCCUGUGUCUGUUGCUGCCUUUGAUUAUCCUCCUAACCAGGCCAUGGGGCAGCUUGUGUGAAGCACUAGCUCCGCCGAAGUUCACCAAAAUUCCCACAGACCAGAUCGGGGUGUCAGGGGGUGUGGCAUCAUUUGUGUGCCAGGCCACUGGCAACCCCAAGCCAGUAGUCUACUGGAACAAGAAGGGCAAGAAGGUCAACUCCCAGCGUAUCGAGACCAUAGAGUUUGACGGAGGUGCUGGAGCCGUGCUGAGGAUCCAGCCUCUCAGAGCUCCUCGAGACGAGAAUGUCUACGAGUGUGUGGCGCGCAACAGCCAAGGAAACAACACCACCACUGCAAAGCUGGAUAUCAUCAGAGAGGACGUGCUACCGUCUGGCUUCCCGAGCAUAGACAUGGGUCCCCAGCUGAAGGUGGUGGAGCGGACAAAGACAGCCACCAUGCUCUGUGCUGCCAGCGGCACCCCUGACCCAGAUAUCUCCUGGUUCAAAGACUUCCUCCCCGUCGACCCCAGCCUCAGCCAGGGUCGCAUCAAAAAGCUUCGAUCAGGAGCACUGCAAAUCGAAAACAGCGAGGAGACGGACCAAGGGAAGUACGAGUGCGUGGCAAACAACUCCCAAGGCGUGCGCUAUUCCUCCCCAGCAAACCUUUAUGUGCGAGUGCGCCGCGUGCCCCCUCGUUUCUCUAUCUCACCCAACAAUCACGAGAUCAUGCCCGGGGGGAGCGUCAACAUCACCUGCGUGGCCGUGGGUUCGCCCAUGCCUUACGUCAAGUGGAUGUUGGGCAUGGAGGACCUGACCCCGGAGGACGAGAUGCCCAUCGGUCGCAACGUGCUGGAGCUCAACGGCGUCCGGGAGUCGGCCAACUACACCUGCGUGGCCAUGAGCAGCCUGGGCAUCAUUGAGGCCACUGCUCAGGUUUUAGUCAAGACUUUACCGAAGCCUCCUGGCACGCCCAUCGUCACAGAGACCACACCGACCAGCGUCACCAUCACCUGGGACUCGGGCAAUCCCGACCCCGUGUCCUACUACAUCAUUCAGUACCGGGCCAAAGGGCCGGACAGCAAGUAUGAGACGGUGGACAGCAUCACCACCACCCGCUACAGCAUCGGCGGCCUCUACCCCAACACCGAGUACGAAAUACGGGUGUCGGCCUUCAACAGCAUCGGCCAGGGGCCGCCGUCCGCACGCGUGGAGGCUCGCACCGGAGAGCAAGCCCCCGCGAGCCCCCCGAGGAACGUGCAGGCCCAAGUUAUCUCUGAGAACACGGUGAUGGUGCGCUGGGAGGAACCGGAGGAGCCCAAUGGACAGGUGAAAGGCUACCGUGUGUACUACACCAUGGACCCAUCCCGAGCCAUUAACGAGUGGCAGAUACACAACGUGCAGGACAGCGUGAUCACUACCAUUCAGAACCUCGUGACCUCGGAGACUUACACCAUCCAGGUCCUGGCUUUCACCUCCGUAGGCGACGGCCCCUUUUCAGAUCCUGUACAUGUGAAAGUUUUGCGUGGAGUUCCAGGUCAACCAGGAAAGUUUAAAGUCGGGAAGGUGACAGACACCAGCAUUGAGCUGACCUGGGAGCCCACGUACACCAAGGAGAAAAUUGUCAACUACGAGCUUCUCUACAAGCCUGUCAAGUUUGGCAGUUUGGAGAAGUUGACCUUCGGGCCGAGGAACUCUUACACCGUCGAGGGCCUGAAAGCGAACACCGAGUACUCCUUCUCCCUGGCCGCCAUCUCUAACAAAGGCAUCGGCGCGUUCACCAACGAACUUGUGCAGAGGACGUCCCAAGCCAAGCCCUCAGCUGCACCUGAAGGUGUGUCCUGCGAGAGUGUCAGCUCCACCUCACUGGGAGUGAGCUGGAGGCCGCCUCGGGCGGAGGCCCAGAAUGGCGAGUUGGCAGGUUAUGAGCUCAAAUACCAAAGAGUUUCUGGGACAGGAGAAGAAGGAGGAGGAGGAGAAGGAGGAGGAGGAGAAACUCAGGGCUUUGAGGUGGAUGGGCCUCCCAUCACAGCGCAGCAGAGGCAGAUUGUGUUAGAGGGCCUGGAGAAGUGGAGCUGGUACAAUAUCACGCUGGCAGCCUCCACAGCAGAGGGGACCGGACCCAGGAGCCCGGCCGUGCUGUGCAGAACGCACGAGGACGUUCCCGGCGCCGCUCCCCGUCAGGUGGACGUUCAGCCGCUCAACUCCUCGGCUCUCCGGGUAACGUGGCGCUCCGUGUUGCCACGGUUACGGCAAGGCCAGAUACGGGGGUACCAGGUGCACUUCAGCCGCACGGAGGGCGGUGAAUCACGCACCCUGCCCCGAAUCAAAGACCUCCUGUUGGACGAAUCCCAGAUGGAGGAGGAUGAUUCGACUCAGUAUGAACUGGUUUUAGGAGGUUUGAAAGCAGAGACUCUGUACUCUGUCUCAGUGGCUGCGUACACCACCAAAGGGGAUGGAGCACACAGCAAAGCUAAGCUGGUGCGGACCACAGGGAUUGUGCCCGGCUCUCCGUCCCUGUGGGUGCGUCCGGGAUCCGGCUCGUCUGUGGUGGUGAGGUGGUCUCCUCCGCUCGAGUGCUCCGAGACAGGUUCUGAUGGCCGGGCGGCCCCAGUGGAAAUCCAGGGCUACCGCCUCCAGUUCGGGCCGAAGAACGCUUCGUUAAACGGCACUGUGGAUUUCCAGCCUCAAGAGAGAAAUUUCACUGUCAGAAACCUCUCCCCGGGGUCCUCCUACGUCUUUGUCCUCUCCGCGAAAAGCCGAGCCGGCUACGGAAAUGCGACGCGACAGGAAGUAGCCGUCCCCACGUGUCCGCCCUCAGGAUACCCUAAGCUAAUCGAUUUCGUGAACGUGACCUGCUGCUCCCUCCAAUUCUCCUGGCUGCCCCCCGCCCCGGACGAGUGCAGCAGCGCCGUCACAGAGUACACCGUAGCUUACAGAAAGGCUUUUGACUCGGGCUCCUCUGCCCUACCGGCCUCCUCUGCUGCCCCCUGGCUCAUCACACUUCCUGCAAGUGAGUCCAGCUAUACCAUCUUGGGCCUGAAUCACAGCACAGCCUACGAGGUGCAGCUCAGAGCCCACAACCAGGCAGGGCCAGGCCCUUUCAGCCCUGCUCUGUUGUACCUCACCCUGGCCUUUGAAACAGAUGUGCCGAGAAAUUUUUCUGUCAAUCUGGCCACCAAGACCAGCGUUCUUCUCACGUGGGACUUUCCAGAAACCAGCAAUCCCUACCGCUUCAUUGUGGAGUACAGCCGUCAGAAGAUGGAGGUGGACGCGCGCCUGAAGAAGGCAGUCAUCCCGAACUUGCAGCCAGACACCAGCUACGACUUUAAAAUCACGGCUCCCGAGGGCAACAUGGGAGGCCUUCGCCACCGCAUCACAGCCAAAACGUCCCCACCGAUCACCAUCCGCCGUCCUGAGAUCGACCAGAGCCGCCGUGAAACCGAAGCCACGGUCACCAUCAUCCUGCCGUUGCUGGAAACUCGCACUCCCAUCAAGAACAUUUAUGUCGUCGUGGUUCCAUUGCGGAGAGCCCGCGGCGUCAUCAGACACCUGAAGAGUCCGGAUGAAAUGGACCUGGAGGAGCUUUUGAAAGACAUCAGUCAAAGGCAGAGGGAUUCUCGACAGCAGAAGCAGGUGGACCUAAGGCGGGCUUACAUCACAGCCCGUUUCACACCUGAAACCCUACCAGCCUUCUUCUCGUUGGGGGACCAGCUGGACUACGGAGGCUUCGAGAACCGUGCUCUAGAGCCGGGCCAGGAGUACGUCUUUUUCAUCCUGGCCGAACUCAACUCCACAACAGGGAGGAUGUACGUGGCCAGCCCUUACACAGACAAAGUGAUCGCCCCGGACUCAGACCCCCAGCCCUUCGAUGCGGGCGACGGACUGAUCUGGGUGGUCGGACCCGUCCUGGCCGUUGUCUUCAUCAUCUGCAUCGUUAUUGCUAUCCUCCUUUACAAAAACAAACCUGACAGCAAGCGCAAAGACUCUGAACCAGGAACCAAGAGCCUUUUGAGCAACGCGGAGAUGAUGGCUCAUCACCCGACGGACCCCGUGGAGAUGAGACGCAUCAAUUUCCAGACUCCUGGAAUGAUGAGCCACCCCCCCAUCCCCAUCAGUGAGCUGGCUGAGCACAUCGAGCUGCUGAAAGCCAACGAUAACCUGAGACUCUCCCAAGAGUACGAGUCGAUCGACCCCAGCCAGCAGUUCACCUGGGAGCACUCCAACCUGGAGGUGAAUAAACCCAAAAACCGCUACGCCAACGUCAUCGCGUACGACCACACCCGAGUUGUUCUGGCUCUCAUAGACGGUAUCCUGGGGAGUGACUACAUCAAUGCUAACUUCAUCGACGGGUACAGAAAGCAGAACGCCUACAUCGCCACACAGGGGCCCCUGGCGGAGACAUUCGGGGACUUCUGGAGGAUGGUGUGGGAGCAGCGAACCGCCUCUGUCGUCAUGAUGACGCGGCUGGAGGAGAAAUCUCGGAUCAAGUGCGAUCAGUACUGGCCGAGUCGCGGCACGGAGACAUACGGGAUGACCCAGGUCACGCUGCUGGACACGAUGGAGCUUGCCACCUUCUGCGUUCGCACUUUUUCCCUGCAUAAGAGUGGCAGCAGCGAACGGAGGGAGGUGCGUCAGUUCCAGUUCACCGCCUGGCCCGAUCAUGGCGUGCCUGAAUAUCCCACCCCCUUCCUGAACUUCCUUCGCAGGGUCAAAGCCUGCAACCCUCCUGAUGCCGGACCCAUCAUUGUUCACUGCAGCGCCGGCGUGGGUCGCACCGGCUGUUUCAUCGUCAUCGACGCCAUGCUGGAGCGCAUUCGGCAUGAGCGCACCGUGGACAUCUACGGCCACGUGACCCUCAUGCGCUCGCAGAGGAACUACAUGGUGCAGACGGAGGACCAGUACAGCUUCAUCCACGAGUCCCUGCUGGAGGCCGUGGCCUGUGGGAACACGGAGGUGGCGGCCCGCAGCCUGUACUCCUACAUGCAGAAGCUGUCCAAGGUGGAGCCCGGCGAGCACGUCACCGGCAUGGAGCUGGAGUUCAAGCGUCUGGCCAACACUAAAGCCCACACGUCGCGGUUUGUCACAGCCAACCUUCCUUGCAACAAAUUCAAGAACCGACUGGUGAACAUCAUGCCCUACGAAACCACUCGCGUUUGCCUGCAGCCCAUCCGCGGCCUGGAGGGCUCCGACUACAUCAACGCCAGCUACAUAGACGGAUACAGGCAGCAAAGAGGCUACAUUGCCACCCAGGGUCCGCUUGCCGAGACCACGGAGGACUUCUGGAGGAUGCUGUGGGAGCACAACUCCACCAUCGUGGUCAUGCUGACGAAGCUGAGAGAAAUGGGACGGGAAAAGUGUCACCAGUACUGGCCCGCCGAGCGCUCCGCCAGGUACCAGUACUUUGUGGUUGACCCGAUGGCGGAGUACAACAUGCCCCAGUACAUCCUGCGGGAGUUCAAAGUUACAGACGCCAGGGACGGCCAGUCCAGAACGGUACGUCAGUUCCAGUUCACCGACUGGCCCGAGCAAGGCGUGCCGAAAUCCGGGGAGGGCUUCAUCGACUUCAUCGGCCAAGUGCACAAAACCAAGGAGCAGUUUGGCCAGGACGGACCGAUCGCCGUUCACUGCCGCGCUGGUGUGGGGCGGACAGGUGUCUUCAUCACGCUGAGCAUCGUCCUCGAGAGAAUGCGUUACGAGGGCGCAGUGGACAUCUUCCAAACUGUCAAGAUGCUGCGGACACAGAGACCGGCCAUGGUGCAGACUGAGGAUGAGUACCAGUUCUGCUACCAGGCCGCUCUGGAGUACCUGGGUAGCUUUGACCACUAUGCAACAUAAGAGAGAGAGAACCACACAUCCACCUUUCUGCUUCAACACAACCACAAACGACAUGAGAGAAUGGGGGAGGAGGGGGUGGUUCGAAAAACGGCGACAACAUUCAACUUUUCCUGGAAGCGAGACUUAAAGACCAAUUCUGCACCGACUAGAGACAAAAACAGCAUCAAGAGUUCUCUUAGCAGCGGCCGAGCUCGCCAGCUCUUUCCCCGCCGGGCGAAGAGACUAUCCAUGUGUAAUCCAUAUACUUACCUCAGUGUUCCAGUGUGAAGGACGUAUAAAUACAUGUGUUGUGGUCAGCUAUCUCAAGUAUGAACCAGUGAAAUACAAAAGGUUUCCGAACAGGAGCUACGCUACUCUAUGUGUGUAAAAUACAAAAAAAAAGAUCUAAGAGAAAAACAUAUAAACAAAACAAAACAAAAAAAAAAAAACAGAGCCUGGAUAUUUGCUGCACCCUAAAUGGGCUUUUUAUCCUCAACUUUAUAUCUAUUAGUUUGAUGUACUUAAAGGAGUAACAAGGUGAACAUUUCUUUGUGUCUGCGAGUCGACUUGGAGGGCGUCCGCAAGACCCGUCAGCCCCGAGGACUUUGUGGCUCGUUCACCAGAUGCACAGUGCCAA